AUGUUGAGCUUCAACUCACUCUCGAUUGCUGCGGCAAGUUCUGCAUUAUUCUUGGUAGCCAAUGCCAGUCCUAUAACUCCUAUUUUAGCUGAGCGAUGGGCACCGGCACUUCCAACAUGCGCAGAUGCUACGGCCUUUGCUUAUGCAGGUUGCUUCACAGACAAUGGAAAUCCAAGGGCUCUGAAAUUUAACUCUGGUCUCAGCAGUCAAGAUAUGACAAUUGAAACUUGUGUUGAUUUCUGCAAAGGCAAUAAUUACAAAUAUGCUGGAUUAGAAUACUAUGGCGAAUGCUAUUGCGGUGCCUCUGUUGGUGGUCUCCAAGCAGAUGAAUCCGACUGUUCCUUUCCCUGUAAUGGAGACAAGAACCAACUCUGUGGUGGUAGUUACCGUCUAUCCAUCUACCAAGAUCCCACAUUCCCCACCACGGACGAUGCCACAGUUCUAGAUUACCAACCCAUGGGAUGUUACUCCGACAUUGGAUCCAACGGUCGCACUCUUGCCUUCAGACAAGACCAAAUUCCCGGUGCGGACAUGACAAUCGAAACUUGUCUGCAUGCGUGUAAGGAUGGCGGCUAUGGUUACGCGGGUCUGGAAUACUCACAGGAAUGCUACUGUGGUGUGGUUCUUGGUAAUAACACUGCCAAGGUUGACGAGUCCAAUUGUCAAAUGCCUUGUAACGGAGAUAAAAGCGAAUUAUGUGGUGGUUCCGACAAUCUCUUCGUAUAUGUAGCGGAAGACUUGAUGUCGACUAGUCCCUGCAGUGGUAAUUCUGGUAAAUCAUCAUCAUCGUCCUCUUCGAAAUCUCUUUCUCCAAUAGGCACUUCAACAAUCCCAUAUUCAACAGCUUGUUCGACAAGUUGUUCAACGUUGAAUUCUAUCAGCUUGAUCUAUCCAACUCCUUCGUCAUCGUCGAUUAAUACGGGCUCAUCUGUGGCUCCUACUGGCCCAUAUUAUUCGCCAAAAGCACCGUCUCGUACGCUGACGUCUACAAAGCUGACUUCAACUUCUUCGAGUGCUUCGGCUAAGUCAACGGUCUCUUCGGCUUCUGGAUCGGCACCUUCGUCGGCUCAACCUUCUUCUUCUUCUUCUUCUUCUUCUUCUUCUUCAUCGUUGACGGUUUCGGUUACUUCUGCGGUGUCUUCUUCAGCAGCGGCUUCUAGCUCGGCGGGUUCUAGCUCAUCAGUGGGUUCAAGCUCAGCGGCGCCAUCAUCCGCAUCAGUUUCUAGCUCAUCGGUUCCUUCGAGCUCAGCGGUUUCUAGCUCAUCAGCUUCUUCGAGCUCAGCCGUUUCUGGCUCAUCGGUUUCAAGCUCAGCGGUUCCAUCAUCCGCAUCAGUUCCUAGCUCAACGGGUUCUAGCUCAUCAGCUUCUUCGAGCUCAGCAGUUUCUGGCUCAUCAGUUCCUAGCUCGGCGGCUUCUAGCUCAGCGGCUCCCAGCUCUUUGGCUUCCAGAUCUUCAUCAUCGGCUUCAUCCGCUGCCCAGACAUCUUCUGCACCAGGUUAUUCGAUUCCAUCGGGACCUUCGAGCUCAGCGGCUCCAUCAACCUCAUCAGUCUCUUCGAGCGCAGCGGUUUCUAGCUCAGCGGUCUCUAGCUCAUCAGGCUCUUCGAGCUCAUCGGUUUCCAAAUCUUCAUCAACAGCUUCAUCCGCUGCUCAGACAUCUUCUGCACCGGGUUAUUCGAUUCCGGUUCCUACCGUAUCGAUUCCUAGCGUAUCGAUUCCUAGCGUAUCGAUUCCUAGCGUUUCGAUUCCUACUUUAUCGGUUCCUAGCGUAUCGAUUCCUACUUUAUCAAUUCCUACCGUAUCGAUUCCUACCUUAUCAAUUCCUAGCGUAUCGAUUCCUACUCUAUCGGUUCCUAGCGUAUCUAUUCCUACCUUAUCGAUUCCUGGUGUAUCGGUUUCCAGAUCUUCAUCAUCGGCUUCAUCCGCUGCUCAGACAUCUUUUGCACCGGGCUAUUCGAUUCCGGUUCCUACUUUAUCGGUUCCUAGCGUUUCGAUUUCUAGCGGUUCGAUUCCUACUCUAUCGGUUCCUAGCGUUUCGAUUCCUACUCUAUCGGUUACUAGCGUAUCGAUUCCUACCUUAUCGAUUCCUGGCGUAUCGGUUUCCAGAUCUUCAUCAUCCGUUCCUUCAAGCUCAGUGGUUCCAUCGAUUUCAUCGACUGCUAAACCUUCGUCAUCAACGGCUUCAUCUGCUUCUCAGAUCUCUUCAUCGAUUACACAAUCAACAACUGCAAAGUUGUCAUCUUCGAUUUCUUCGGGUCCAUCGACUUCGUCAUCUGCAAAGCCUUCCACUACUCUCUCUCCAUCCAUCACCAAAACUACCGGCACUCUUUGCACUUCCACCACCACUAUUGGCCCAACCCCAACUUGUGAAUACCAAGUCGGCAAAUGGUGUUCCCAGCCUCUCCCACCCUUCACUGAUCUUCCCUCUUGCUCGAUAGCUGAAAGUACUUGUAUGGUCCAAUUGACAUCAUGUUUCCUCGAAGCCGGUUUCCCUGCUUCUCUACAAUGUCUCGAAUACUCCAAUUGGUGCAAAGAUCUCGCCUCUUACUGCGUGACCAGUUGUACGGUCUCCGCAUGCUCAAACACCGGCUUCACAUCCAGCCACCCAGCCGCAGGCUACACAGCACCCACUUACAGCGUCUCAACCAGUAUCUACGAAUGCCCAGCUACUCUCCAAACCAGUACUUCCAAACCCACCGCCUCAGCCACUAGUUCCAUAGUCCCAGUCCCUACUGGCAGCAACAUCUGCGCGCAACCCGAUAACCCAUCCAAGGGUUACGGAUAUCUGAGUCCCGUAGGCGGUAUCCCGCUCCCGUACUACACGUGCAACAAUCUCCUCACCGGAUUUACCUCCGGCCUUCCGUUCAAACUCUAUACAUCCCAGAAUUCCGAAGAUUCUCUAGGAUAUUCACGUGCUAGUGUGGGACAAGGUUGUCAAGAUGCUUGUGAUACACAAUAUAAGAGUUGUGUGGAUACGUAUGCUCAGAGUGUCUCGGGUGGAGAUACGUAUCAGGCGGCUUUGACAAAGUGUGUGGCUCAGAAGGCUGAUUGUUUUGCCGUCAAUCAGGCAGUUAGUGGGGAUGGAAAGUGUUUGAGUUAUGGUUUGGGGUAUUAG